CAAACGCAAGCAGUUUCGAGGUCACAACAAAAAAUCCCUCACCCUUUUUGUAUUUGAGCAAACAUCAUUGACUAAUAGUUAUACUUUUGGUAUUCUACAGUGUGCCUCCUACAUUAGUGUCUAACUACACCUCUCAUGAAGAAGAUCGUGUCAUCCGUGCAAUUGUAACACGUCUCAGUACGAAAAGCGUGUUGUGAUACUUAGUUGGAAGCGAUAGAGGAACAAACAAAGACCAACAAGCUGCCAAACAUCAAGAAAAAUGGCCUUCAUUCCCAAGGGGAAGCGAUUGAAGAAGGGAGGCGGUCGUGGACGACGCCGAAAGGGAAAAACGGCGGCUGCUGUGGCAGUUUUACUCUCCAUGCAGCAACAGGUGCAGGUCGAAGGAUAUCAGACUGACGGAGGUAUCAUCUGUAUUAUAUAUAAAUAUAAAGAAGAAGAAGAUAUUAAUCGCAGGCUUAUCCUCCAUUUACUUGUCUGUUUUCACGAACGGCAGUAGUUUCUCCAAUCACGGUUAUACACUUUUGGCUGCUGGGAUCACGUCUCCCCGCAGCAAGAUCCAUACAUGAUCUUAUGGGUGUUGUUUAUUCAUUUAGCCCUGUCGAUCCUUUCACCAAUUUAGCAUGAUCUUGUUGUUAUAUUUAGAUAGUGUUUAGUUAUUGUUCAUCACCUAAAUCCAUCACGUUCACGGUUAAUGUGCGCAUAGAUAUGCGGUUCUGUGAGCCCGCGCUAGUUCUUGUUCAACAAGCCAGGCCACGCCCCUGCUCUUCUCCUAGUUUGUAGGAUCGGACCACGCCCCCGAUUCAUGUCAUGUAAGUAAAUGUUUGUGCACUUGUAGACAAGUAGGCAAAAAAAAAAGAAGAAAGAGAAACCAAGAUGAUGAAGAUAAGAGUCAGAAAAACGAUGCGCCUUGUCAUUCGGUAGUCGUCGCAAUAAAUGCGAGAACUUUCUAUUGCUAUUCAUUGCUAUAUCUCAUCGAUAAAAAUGCACUGCCACUCCUGAAGAAUGGGCAAACUCGCACUGCAAAUACUGAAUUUACUACUUCUUCGUAGUAAUUUGAGGGUUUCCACAUUGCAUUCCUCACUGCCAUCCUUGACUUGUUUUCCACUAGGAAAGAAGUGAAGGAUGUUCUGAGGAAUGCAAUGUCGCAACCUCUAAGUAAUAGUAUUCCACUACAUCGCCUUCGCCUUGUAUUUCUAUUACAUAUAGUAAAUUCCUAUAGAUGUAGUUACUUAGUGUUAGUUUGCUCCUCUACCUAGUCAUUCUUAAACUUCCUCUCGUCCUCUUUUACUUUUUUCAGGUACAACUACUUCAUCUAGUAGGAAUCCGCUGAACAAAAGAGGUCAGCGACUACGAGGAGCCACUACAGGGAAUACGCCUCUCCACACGCCAGUCUUCACGCCAGCGAGGAGGAGUUCUGCAGACCAGGCUUUCCUCGAAAAAUGUGACGGGGACAGCUCGUGCUGUGGAGACUCGGAUGAGACUUCAGCGAGCCCGUUACGGCUCACAUCAAUCAUGAAGCAAUUGGAAACUUACAUGUCGUGAAGGUCCUGCUACUUCUGCUCGUCUUGAGUUCUUCAUCUACCUAGGAAAAAAAAGAAGUAGCGGCUGCGUCUGCAGGAUUUCAGCUAAUGUAAAUGUUUUUUAUAUGAUAUAACAAGACCACUACCAGCUUAAUUAAUGCUAUCAAGUCGUGUCGAAACAAUAACAAAUAGGUUAACGCCCUUAAGUACUUGGCACUUGUUUUCUCUAACUUACCAGUUGUAUAUAAUAUAUCAAGUAUGUCGUGUAGUGUGGAUCAAGUUAAUACCCUUUCUUACUCUAUGAACAUAAGACACUCUGCAUCUAUAAUUUCUUAUAAAUUGAAAUUUGUGACCAAAAAAAAUAUGAAAAUCCAUGUUUGUUGAGACGCAAAACUGAUGGACCUCAUGACUUUCUCACUCUAGACCAGCUGCUUGUUAACUAAAGUUGUCACUUGUUCCUUUACAUGAGGACUCAGGAUAGCAUGGCAUAUUCUAGGGGCCGGCAUGCUCGCCAGUGAUAGACUCAAUGGAAUGGGUGAGGUAUCUAUUAAAUGAAGAUGGACGGCGGGUAGUCACCCUGAAGAUGGACGGUUCUUCUAGUAAAUAAAGACGGAACUGUAGUUGUAAGUUCUAACUUGAAAUAAAGGUCCCGUAAAGGCAAAGGCAAAAGCAGAUACUCCUCCACCAGCCCCGAAACAUUAAGGCUUCUGCUUGUUCUUGCUGCCCCUGGUGCGUGGUCCUGCUCCUGCACAUAUCAUUUUUCACCUGAAAUAUAAUAGAAGCGAUGAAAGUAGUAGUAGUAGACAAGUAUAACUGUACUUGACUGAAGAUUUUGAUUUUCACUUUUUCUAGCUAGGUCUGCUCCACCAAUAUUAUAAUAGAAGCGUCAAAAGGUCGUAGAACACUCACUUCUCCAUGAUGUUGGGCGGUUUGCUUCCUCCUCAGAAAAAGCGCAAAUAAGCAUUUAGAUUUAGAUUGUUUACUGGAGGUCGAGGUAUUCAAAUGAGAAGGCAGGGAUGCUCAGAUGAUGAUGCAUCGAUCUUUGACCCGCUUCCAUUUUCGGGGGGAUCAGUGCGUCGUAGGGCAUUCUUGACUUUGUUCGAGAUGAAUGAACUAGCAUAUUAAGACUACAUGAUACGAAUAUUUCUAAUAAGGAGAACCGCCGGCGGAAGAGAGUGCGCCUGCCC